AUGCCCUUGGAUUACGGCGGACCUUGCGACGAGCAAGUUGAGAACGGUCCUCACGAAGGCCUUCAGGCGUUGGUUAGGGCCCUGGGCAGGACAACGUGGCGGCCGGCUGCUGGCCAUGGCCGAUGUUCCACACUGCAUUGCGUUCGAUCUGCAUCAGAGCCCCAACGAAGGUGCAUGUGCCUAGACCCAAGCUACGUUAAAGUUUGGGCUGGCAAUGUGCGUCGGUUGCCGAUCAAAGAUGCAGCAUCACGGCUCCAGUCCGCCCCUUCACCUAUUUCACCUUAG